GUCAGUUUUCUCAGGGACGCCGCGGGCGCCGGCGCCCAACCCCGGGAAAAUGUGUCGGGAAGACGAGGGUUGAUUCUUUUUAAAUUUUUAAAACAGUCGUAAUGUAGAGGGGUCGCUUUGGGCGUGUUGGGGCUCGGCUGGAGUCGAAGCGGUGGAGCAGUGACCUUGAGUUUGUCAUCAGUGAGACGGCCAUCGCAGCUGGACCCUUAUGGCACUCGCAGCGUGCUGGCGCGCGCGCUCGACGUAUGGCAACAGGCUUCGAGGCUUACCUUCACCGAGGUCAACUCCGAUGAGGCUGAUAUCGUAGUGUCCUUUGCCAAGCGCUACCACGAUGAUGCGUAUCCUUUCGACGGACGAGGCUCGAUCCUUGCGCACGCGUUCUUCCCCGGAUCGGGACGCGGCGGCGACGCACACUUUGACGAUGAUGAACUAUGGCUGCUACAGCCCAAGAAUGAUGAUGAAGAAGGUACAUCGUUAUUCGCCGUGGCUGCCCACGAGUUUGGACAUUCUCUAGGUCUAAGCCAUAGUUCGGUUAAAGGCGCGCUUAUGUUUCCUUGGUAUCAAGGUAUCCAACCUAAUUUCGUUUUACCAGAAGACGAUCGUAAUGGCAUCCAGCAAAUGUAUGGUUCUAAAGAAAACGAAAGGAAAUGGGGAAAGAUACCUUAUUACCGUCCCAUAGAAACCCCUCCACCAACUACCACUACCACUACCACUACUACUACAACGACAACUAGAAGGCCAUACAUUCACCACCAUCACUACAACCACCCAGAGCGUCAUCCAAACCAUCGUCCUUACACUCCGUACCCGCGCAAUCCAAACAAAUAUCCAACGUUCUAUCCGGAGAGACCAAGUUAUCCAGAAAGACCGAGUUAUCCAGAGAGACCGUCUAGCCCGGAGCGACCGAGCUAUCCUGAAAGGCCUUCUUAUCCUGAAAGACCAUCGUAUUAUCCGGAUCGACGUCACUAUAACACUAGUGAAGAGCAUCCCCGCCACACGAAUCACAAUCACUAUCCAAGACCAACUGAAACUACUACUCACGCUACAACAUACCGUCCUAAGUAUCCUCAUAUCCGUCCUGAGUAUCCAAGUUAUCCCAGGCCUAAUUAUCCGACUGAACCGCGCCAUGAUUAUCCGAAGAAAAAACCGUAUUAUCCGGUCAAGACUACGAUGAGGCCGCGUGCUACGCCACCGCAUACAACACCUCCACCAGAUAAACCUGACGCUUGUGACACUAGUUAUGACGCUGUUGCACUUAUUCGCAACGAACUAUUUAUAUUUAAAAAUAGGUAUCAUUGGAGGAUAGGAGCUUCAGGUCAUUAUCCUGAUUACCCAAUUGAGAUAACAAGAAUGUGGUCUGGUCUACCAAAGAAUCUUACACACGUAGACGCCGUGUAUGAGAGACCAGACAGAAAAAUCGCUAUCUUUGUUGGUAAAGAGCUGUACUUGUUUGACUCCCAGUACUUAUUGCCGGGAUAUCCGAAACGCUUAGUGAAACUAGGUUUACCCGAUAGUUUAGAAAAAUUAGACGCUGCUAUGGUAUGGGGACACAACGGCAAGACAUACUUCUACAGCGGCACAAUGUAUUGGAAGUUUGAUGAAGAUGAAGGGCGUGUUGAGUUAGAUUAUCCACGUGACAUGGCUAUGUGGAAAGGCGUCGGUUAUAAUAUAGACAGCGUAUUUCAGUGGAAAGACGGCAAAACGUAUUUCUUCAAAGGCAAGGGCUACUGGAAGUUCAACGAUCUGCAAAUGCGCGUGGAGCACGAGAAACAAAAACUAUCAGCGCCGAUCUGGAUGAGCUGCCCCGCGGAGCGCGUCGGCUGGCGCGCACCCUUCAAAGCGCUGCCCGCGCCCGGCUCCACGUUGCGUUCCCCCAGCUCCGCCGCUACAACACACAACGAAGCUUUUGUAUUCCCCGCGUUACUCCUACUUGCAACCAUCGCUCGAUACGUCUUAUGUUAAACUUGUUUCUAAUGAUACUAACUUGUGCCGCGUUGUGUACACGCAGUCUUCAGAACGCUGCCCGCGUCCGCUCUACGUUGCAUUCCCCCAACUCCGCCGCUACACCACACACCGAAAGUUUCGUAUUCUCCGCGUAACUUGUACUCGCUACUAUCGCUCGAUACUUAUGUUAAACGUAUUUCUAUUGAUACAGUUCUGUGCCGCGCAGUGUACCUAUACGCAGUCUUAACCAUUCUUCAGCGCAGCUCGUGGCCAACACCACACUGCGCUCCCCCAGCACCAGCACCGCCGCACACCUCUUCCAUCUUCCCCACGCUGCUAUAUCGAAAACUCGAAGGAUGGUUCAUCUGAUGUUAAUAAACGUAUUUCAAAUUAAACUAACCUGUGCGACGGUAUGCAUUCCAUAUGCAGUCACUUCCGCGCUACAUGACAAGCAUAGCUCAAAACCUUCAUUAUUUGCAUCCAUGUUAUUUUAGCGGAAUAUAACCAGAACAAAAACAGCAAUGAUAUUCUUUUAAUAUGUGAGUUAUUUUUACGCAAUAAUUUAUCAUCAACGAUGGUUAACAUAACAUUUUUGAAACAUUAUCUUUAAAAAAUCUGAGAGAUUUUGCGUCUAUUUCGCCACAUAUUAUCGAUAAUAACAAAAUUAAUAUCUAAGCCGUAACAUUCAAAAUUAAAAUGUACAAUGCGCCGCUAAUCCAAAAUGAGUCAACAAGUACAUAUCGAUUGUAUGUCUGAAAAAUAUUAGAUUUAAUAAUUUACAUAAAUGCGCAAACUUUGCAUUGCCCGUCUUAGUAUUAAUUUAUUACCGCGUUCGUAAUAUUGUGUAAUACGCGUUAGGAUAAUUCUAGUAGAUGAAGCAUAAUUUUAAUAUUAUAUGUACAUUUUGAUCUCAACAUGAUCGAGUGCUUGGUUUUUAUGAUGUAAGGUACAUAACACCAUUUAUUUAGCUUCUGUACAGUUUGUGUUGUAUUCAUACUAAAAAUUAUGCUAUCCUCUUAAUGCAUAGUAAGGAGUAGUAAUUUCGACCACUAGGUGGCGCUUCUAAGACUUGAGUUAUGUGUUUUAAUUACGUCAUGUGCGUGCUUAGAAUAUAAUGUAGACUAGGCAUAUACUGAGAAUACAGGUCGUAUGUAAUGUCUAAUCAUCAACUGAAUAUCACAGAUUUAUAAUCAUUAAUCACAAUUUAUAUGUAAUACAUACUUUAAAUAUACUCAAUAUUAUUCUUUGAAAUUUUUGUGUCGCUUAGAGGAUAUCAGCGGUAGAGUAUAUAAUCACUACAUUUUAAUCAUGGGCGUUUUAGUCGAUAGUCUAUACAAACGUUUUCUCUUCUGUUUCUUCUUUUUUCUCUGUUUUCUCUCUGGAACACAAAUUAUACAAACUAUAACAUUGCCAUAUUCCCAUUUUUUAUUAUUUUAAAUAAUUUGAAUACUACGAACUCUCUAAAAUUACUAAAACUGUCCGGUAAUCCGACUUUAUUAGACAAUCUUACAAAUAUUAAAAGUAAAAUAAAAACAUGCAGACAUAACCACAAAAACCCUUUUUAGUUUUUAUAUUGUUCGUGAUAAAAAAAUGGAAUCAGUUCAGUCCUGAAAGAGCUGUUGUAAUUGUCUCACUUGGUUGCCUAGCUCGGUGAUUCAGGCACAGCGCGACAUCCAGAUAGUCAAAACUCCUAACCGGUCAAAACCACUUUAGACUGUAAAAAAUCAGACAAAAGUAGUUUUGACUAAUGAUGUUGAUCAAUACCACUUUUACCUGAUUUUUGCAGUCAAAAGUGAUUUUGACCAACAAUGUUAUUCAUAACUUCUUUUGACUUAUAUUUUUUAAAUUUCUGAAAUUAAAAAGUUCAAUUUUUUUUUCAAUAUUAUAUUUUAUAUCGUUGUAAUGUACGUGGCUUUAGGGUGGCCCUUGGGCCACUCCAGCCGUAACUUCACAUACUGUUACUUAUAUUGCGAGUUUUGACCGAUAGUCUGAAGUUUAAAUCAGACAACACAACUUUGGACUAAGAACGAUGGUUAAUACCACUUUUGACUACAAAAAUCAGUCAAAACAAAAAAUCAGGUAAAAAUCAAAAUUGGUUUUUACCUGAUUUUUACAGUCAAAAGUGGUUUUGACCGGUUAUGAGUUUUAACUAUGACAUAUAUAUUCUCCAAAUUUCUUGCUGCCCGAAUAUCCUCUGAUGUAGCUAACUAGUAGGAAUAUAACUAAAUUUUAAAAUUCGUUGAUUUUAUAAAUCACAACUAUAGUAAAACAUCUUAAAAAUAAUAAUAAUGCAUGUCUUUGACGUCACUCUUUUCAGUUGAUACCUACUACUGAGCAUUGGUUUCCAAAUACCAAUAAAUAUUUUUAUACAGGCCUAGAUUUACAAAUUUAUCACACAGAUUAUAUCCACAAGAAUGCCUUAGUAGACAUAAAGCUAAUUAUCCUAAAUAUAAUGAUUUGUGGUGUAAAAUAUUUAAUAAUAUUGAGCUAUGAUUAUAGUUCAUACAUCUCUUAUGCUGGUUAAGAGGUACACAUAUACUGUAAUUUGUAAAUUAAAUUAGUCAACAUAGUUCUCAUCAUUGUGGUAAUUAAAUAUAUACUCAUCAACAUUAUAUAAAUGGUAGCUUAAAAAAUAAAAUGUAUGGCCUUAUGAGACUUGUUAAAGAUAUGAGAUACUAACAACAUGUUUGCUUGUGUUGCCAAUUUAUGAAUGGAAAAGAACGGUAGCCCUAUGCCAUAGGGCCUAUGGUAUGAUAAUGGUGCUUAUUAUAGUUAGUUAUUGUACAGAAUAAAUUCAACUUAAUAUUUUUAUAUCUUGCUGUUGUAUCUGUUCUAAAUAUAUCUCUGUAUCUAAUGUCUAAUGUAGCGAAGCAUUCGUUUGUAAGCCGAAUAUUCUUCUUCCAUAUUAUAAUAUAUAUACUACUCGAUUGUUUACAAUUUUGCUAAUUAUGUAUAUUAAUAAUACUCUUGUGCAAUCAGCAGAAACAAAUUAUAAAGUGUGGAUUAUUAUUGCAUUAAAUAUUAUAAGUAAUAUAGACAUUACUAUAAGUAACAUAACGUGUAGAGGUGACUUGUACUAAUAAGCAUUUUUAUACCUCUCAAGUCGCUCAUUAUUUUAGUGUAGACUGUAGUAGACGUUUUACAAUUUCUUUUGGUCACAAAUAAUUUAAUAAUAACUGUGAUAUUUACUUUUAUAAAAAGGCCAGCUAUUGGCAUUAAAAAUAAAUCAAAAUUAUAUCCUCGUCUAAAGUUAUGUACUCAAUAAAUAGCAAUUGCAGUUUAAAUCUUAAGGUAACAACAUGUUUAACUAUUAUAAACAAAAAUAAAGAAUUUCUAU